GAAGUGUAGAUGUGCAGCAACAGCUAAACGUCGUGUCAGGUUUCUGGGGGCUCGUGCUAAAUUUAACCCUGUGAUCCUGCAGCAGGCAGAGGGGUUUAAAUGCCAGCCUGCAGUUGCUCCACACCAGUUGUUCUCCACACGUCUUCCACUCAUCACAAACUCAAGCUAGGGACGAGAACAGGCACACACACUGACACUCCAACACACAUGCUCCACGCGCUGCAACGAAGACCACAAAGAGUAGAGCAGUUCCAAGGGAACCAGGGAUCUUUGUCCCCAUACCUCCAGACCACAGCGUUGUCCAGUAUGGAGCUUUUCGAGACCAACCCUUACUUCUUCCCUGACCAGCGCUUCUAUGAAGGAGGGGACAAUUACUUCCCCUCUCGUCUGCCUGGGGCGUAUGACCAAACUGGGUACCAGGACAGGAACUCCAUGAUGGGCUUGUGUGGGAGUCUGUCUGGCGAUGCUGGAGUCGGGGUCACAGGAACAGAGGACAAAGCCUCCCCGUCCAGCCUGUCACCUCACUCCGAGCUCCACUGCCCUGGCCAGUGCCUGCCCUGGGCCUGUAAACUAUGCAAGAGGAAGACAGUGACCAUGGACCGUCGGAGAGCGGCAACAUUGAGGGAGAAGAGGCGUCUGAAGAAGGUGAAUGAGGCCUUUGAUGCUCUGAAGAGGAGCACCCUAAUGAAUCCCAACCAGAGGCUGCCCAAGGUGGAGAUCUUGCGGAGCGCCAUUCAAUAUAUUGAAAGGCUGCAGGCCCUGGUGUCCUCCCUGAACCAGCAGGACACUGAGACAGGGCAGCAAGGACUGCACUACCGACCCAGUCCGGUCCAGCCCAGAGUGUCGUCGUCAAGCGAGCCCAGUUCGGGCAGCACCUGCUGCAGUAGCCCAGAGUGGAGCAGCACUCCAGAACAGUGCACUCAGAACUACAGCAGUGAGGAUCUCCUGAGCGUUGCGGAUUCUCCAGAGCAGGGGAACAUGCACGCCCUGACCUCCAUUGUGGAUGGCAUCUCUGCAGCAGAUGGAGUGGUGGCCUUUACUGUGGACAUUCCCAAAUAGACCCUCCACAAACAUUGGACCCAGAGAUGCGCACAAGGCCACAGACAAAGAGCAAAAUGAUAUUUGACAGUGGAGGUUGAUAUGCAGUACCAAACUCCAGUUUAAUUAAUUUUUAUCUCUACUGAUCUAAGUGUUUCAACUUAUGCUAAAUUUUAAAAUUUGUGAUUGUAACUGUGGAUCUAUGGGUCUGCUGGUCAAUUCCUCCUGUACACAGUGAGGCCUUAUUCCCAUUAUUCCCUGUCUUAUCCUGUGGUCCACACUUGCCUGUCAGAUCCAUGGGAUCCUUGUCUAACUAGAAAUCCAAAAUGUUGCUGCAUGAACCCAACACCUAGUUGCUAGAAUUAUAUUUUGUUAGGCUUGUCUCCGUUUUGACAGAACCACAGAGGAAUGACAAAACCUGAUUGUUCGCUUUACUUAAGUUUUCCUCUUUUCGAAACCUUUCCCUGAUCUUUCAUUGUGUUUGUGUGUGUUUUUAUGCUUUAAAAACAUGAGUUUAUUUGUGGGGCCAAUAUGUACCACAGCAGUUUUGACCAAGAUCAGCUUAAUUUAAACUGGUUAUGAAUGCUAGUGAUGUAAAUACGUUCCCUUUUUCUACAGAGUGGUUUUGCCAUUUUAUUUUUCAUUUUUGUGCUAACUUAUUUUUGACUUUUAUAACUAAGAUUGUUGUGUAUUUGUAGAUGUUCCAAAAAGUGAUAUUUUAUGUCCAAUUCUUGCAAUAAAGAUCAUUUUCAAUA